AUGGCAGACAUAGAAGCAGCCAAAAGGGCCGCUGCUACAGAGGCAGUGAAAAACCACUACCCUAAAGACGCAAAAUUCAUCGGUAUCGGAAGUGGAACUACCAUCGUUUAUGUUGUUGAGGCUAUAAAGGCGCUUGGCAUUGAUACGUCAGCCACCAGUUAUGUGCCUACCGGCUAUCAGUCUAAUCAGCUGAUAGUUAAUGCCGGCCUUACAGCUAUUGCGUUCGAUGCUCUACCAGAGGGGACCGUACUGGAUGCUGCGUUUGAUGGGGCGGAUGAGGUGGAUGACGACUUGAAUUGCAUAAAGGGCGGUGGAGCCUGUCUCUUCCAGGAGAAACUAGUCGCUCUUCAGGCAAAAGAGUUCAUCUGUGUUGCUGAUUGGCGCAAAAACCAGAGCCGUCUUCUCACUUCCUGGCCAUCAAUCCCAAUCGAGGUCGCACCCCUAGCCGCUCGCCGAGUGAUGGCUGAAUUGAAAGUCUUAGGUAGCCCCAACCCUGUUCUAAGACAAAACCCGGCUGAAAAGGCUGGCCCAUUAAAGACCGACCAGGCAUUCUUUAUCGUUGAUGCGCCAUUCCCAGCUCUACUUUUGCCCUCAGACAUUGCAGCAGGGAAGAAGGCUGAGGGCGGUGUCUGGGAAGUAGAAGCAUUGGCCAAUGCUAUCAACGCAAUCACUGGUGUAUUGGAAGUGGGUUUGUUCUGCGGACCUAACGGCUCCCAGGCCCAGGCCAACGGAAGGGUAGGGGGUCAAAAGCCUGUUGCAGCCUACUUUGGAAAUACUGAUGGUACGGUUAUUUCAAAGAGGGCUAAAUAG